UUGAAAAGCACUUGUACGCAGUAUCAAAUUGAAAAUGAAUGAAACUGAGCUUGGACUAGAUAACAGUGUGGCGCAGCAAUCUUAUGACAACGAUACCGCCAUUCAGAUAAACGGCUUAGAGAAGACAAGUGGAGCAAAAAAUUCACAGUUCAAUGGGGUGUAUGAGAGCAGAGGUUUUAAAAAUGAAGACGAGGAAGACACUUCCUUAGGUUAUUGUCUCUACAUUGUAAAUCAUCAUCGCUUGGCUUUUGGCAUAACCCUUGGCGCCCACCUGCUUAUGAUAUUACUUACAUGCAUUUUGCUAGCUGCUGGUUAUAAUAUUGUUCCGAUCAACUUCGAAGAACUUCCACUUGAUCUUGGGGACGAUUCAACCAAACUUCGAACAGACGCUUGGCUUUAUGUCAGAGAUGACCCUUCAGUCGUAAACCUGGUUGGGAAUCAGAAUAAGAGAGUUAUAGAAUACCAGCCGUUAACCCUUUAUUAUGAAGAUGAAGGGAAUGUAUUUACCAAAGAGAAUUUGUUGAGUAUAAAACAGCUUGAAGACGAAUUAUUUAACAUCACUGAUUACCAAAACAAACUUUGUCAAUUAGAGUACAACAACUUGACAAGUUCUUGUAAGAAACCUUUAUCCAUUCUUCGGUUCUUUGAUGGAUCGUACCGGGGGAUCGACCCAACUCUUUAUGAUCCAGAUUUUGACAACAUAUCUGCAGUCCUUAAUGCUGCACAAAGAACAAGUCUAAGCAGGGCUAUUUUGAAUUUUCAUCUCGGGAAAAACUCUUUGAUUGAGCCAAGUAAAUCUCGUUCAAAAUUUACUCGGACACUUGUGUAUUUUGGUUGGCCCAUCGAAGGCUUUAACAACACCGACGAUCGCGACAAAGACCAAAAAGAAAAAAUAGAUAAGCGAAUUGUGGACGUACUUGCGUCAAAGCUGGAGAGAAAAUAUGAAGACGGUGUUGGAAAACUGGAUUUUGUCUAUACAAAUCGUGCUUUGAGAAAUGAUGCCAUUGUAAAGCAAGUUGUGCUUGAUAUGAUGUUAGCCGUGGCUAGUUUUGUGUUUAUAUUUAUCUUCAUGUGGCUGCAGACUGGAUCACUGUGGAUCACUGCGUUCGGGAUAUUCUGUGUAGUUUCUAGUUUUAAUAUUGCCAAUCUAAUUUACCGAAUCCUUUUUGACUACAGAUACUUCGGAAUUUUUCACGUUUUAUCGAUUUUCAUCGUCCUCGGGAUCGGUGCGGAUGAUGUCUUCGUGUUCAUGGACACCUGGAAACAGUCUGAAAACACCUUGCACCAAACCCUUGCAAAGCGUUUAAGUAAAGUUUACAAAAGAGCAGCCAAAGCCACACUUAUUACAUCAUUUACGACAAUGAUGGCCUUUUUGUCCAAUGUUACAUCUCCACUGUUAGCAAUAUCAUCAUUUGGACUCUUCUCAGCAAUCCUUAUAAUUGUGAACUACCUCUCGGUUAUUUUGUUUUUUCCAACUGUGAUAAUCAUGCAUCAUCGAGAUAGAAAUGGCAAAUGCUUCUGUUGGCCGAUGUGCAGCUUUAAACCAUGGAAAAUCAACGAAAGUACGGAAAAUGUUGAGGAAGAUCAAGAAAGAAGAACAAUAUCGCAACGUAUCGCUUAUUUCUUCGAGGAAACGUUCGUCAAGUACGUUGUCACCCAUAAAAUCACCCGUUGGGUUGUUCUUUUUUUAUUUACAGUAAUAUUGUCUGUGUCCAUUGGUUUUGCAUCUCAGCUAGAGCCCGAUACUGAACAGAUCAAUCCUUGGUCAGAUAACACCAACUGGGGGCGAGCUCGGUCACUGUCCAAAGAUGCCUUUCGUCCAAGUCAAGAAGACAAUGUUAUUAUUGUUAACAUUAUUUGGGGCUUAAAGGAGCAAGAUCGUAGUGACUGUCAUCAUACCGAUUUUGAAUGUGAAGGGAAAACUGUAUUUGACGAAGGCUUUGAUCUUAAUCCACCACCCUGUCAAAAUGCUGUUUUGGAACUUUGCAGAAAGUUUAAAAAUUUGACUCGCCUUGAAGAAGAAAAUUUGAAGUUACGAAGAAGUCAGGUUACAGGGGAAGUCGAAAUUGAAUGUAUCUUUCAACGGAUGAAUGAUUAUUUAACGGUUGAAAGUAACAAAUCGAAAUAUCCUGUAGAUACGAGUUUCAGCUAUCCGCUGAACGCAGAGAAGGUGGGAAACUUGAUGAAGUAUAAUCCUCACUUAUAUAACGUUUCGCUGCCUGAUACCUACUACAGAUUCUUUGAAGUUGGCAUGGGCUAUUUUCUGACUGAUGGUGGCUCACCAAAUUUCGCUUCGUCGUAUGACUUCGAAAAGUAUGAAAGGUUGAUUGGUGGCCAGGUGGAUCCAUCUUCCUUACAAAGUAGUCGAAAUCUAUUAGGGAAUAGAUAUGGCAAUCGUCUCUUGUAUGCUUCAAUAGCUUUAAAUACAACAUUAAAUCCUGCAAUUUUGGGUUACGAAAAAGGUCUAGUUGUUCAUGAUUAUUGGGAAGAAUUUGUCAAAAAAGAGAUGAGAAACAUGCCAUCGUCAUGUAACAGUGGAUUUCAAGCAACCGUUUCCGCACAGAACGAAUGGCAAUGGUUAAAAGUACAAAAGGUCUUGGUAAAUAGUGCCAUAUCAGGUAUUGCCAUUGGUAUAGGUCUUGCCUUAGUUGUUCUUGUGCUGGCCACGACCAAUGUAAUCGUCGGCAUUUUCGCAACUAUAACAAUUGCUAUGGUCACGUGUGGUGUAUUGGGUUUGAUACCAAUGCUUGGUUGGAAACUGGGGGUCUUCGAAUCCCUCAAUCUAACACUUGUCGUUGGUCUUGCUGUUGAUUACGUCGUUCAUUUAGCUGAUGGAUACAUGGAGUUAAAGAAUGAAGACAGAGUUACCAGAGUAAAAUAUACAUUAGGUCAUGUUGGUAUUUCUGUAUUCUCCGGAGCUUGCACAACUUUAGGCUCGUCCGUUUUCAUGCUGGCAGCAAAAAUUAUCUUUUUCCAGCAAUUUGGCAUCUUCAUCUUCUGUACAAUAGGGCUUUCUAUUCUCUAUUCCCUCUUUUUGUUCACUACGGUCCUCGCCAUGAUUGGACCUGAGGGAAAAACUGGAUCGUUGCUUCCUCUAUGGAAAAGAAUUAAAGAUUUUGCUCGUGGAAAAAACGCGAAAAAGCACGAAGAUUGCAAAACCUGCAAUGGGAAAGGUUAUCACAAGAUUGGUGCGGACAAUGAGAAUACCAGAUUGUAGCUGAAAUUCAAACCUAUUUUUUAAGAACAUUAGUUUCCAUUUAAUCUGUAUGCAGUUUUGUAAUUUCGUCACGAAUUGCAAAAAAAGUAAAACAAAGAUUUUUACUCAAACUAAAGUGUCGCUUAAUACCCAGUAUGAUUUUUGUAGAUAUCUACAUAAUUAUUUGUAAAAAUUACGUAGAAGCACAAUUGAAAUCAUUAACUGAAUGUAUAAAACAAACUUUUUUUAUAGCAAACAUGUUUCGGCAAUCUUAUGCCAUCGCCAGUGAGAACAAAUGGGCUAGCUAUGUUACACGAAUGUUCUGUACUAAAUAUGAAAUUCGAUUAGUUAUUUGCAGGUAAUAGAGUUACAAUUAUUUACAUUAAGUAAUUAUCAUAUGAAAAGCAGGUGAUACGUGAAGUGACAACAUUGAAUGUAUAUAGCAUAUACUUACAAGCUGAGAAAGAUGUUAACAUGGUGAACCUGCUUAUUAA